AUGCUGCUCUAUAAACUAUUAUUUCUCUUCAUCCAGUCAAAUAUUCUGGUAUACUGUCCAAUGAUAGUGACACGAGGAACACCUGAAGUUUAUGUCAAUUCCAUCAGUUUCGUACUUAUCUGGGAGGAAUGUUUGACCAACUGUACUGGGAACGACUUGUGUGUAGCUGUCCAUACAAUUGGAGAUGGGAACUGUCAGAUAUUCGAGUUUGGAGAUUUGCAAACAGUUAAAAGGAGCAAUGAUAUUGAAUCCAAGUUUGCUUACAAAGUGAAAAAUGAGAACGCUUCUACUUGUCCGGCAGAUGAUACCAUAGGAGAGACGAAUUUCAUUAUCGGGAUAAAUGGAACUUCUGAUCGUGAAGUUUCCGUAGAGUACACUGUUUCAUUUGACCAAACAUCUCAACUUUGGAAUUUUCAAUCAAUGAGACCACGUUUAUGCCCCAAUCAUAGAUAUAAAAUGUUCAAGAGAGAAUUGGGACCUUGGUGUAUGGCUUUUGUCGUACACGUCGACUGUAAAAACUAUACUUCAAGUGCAUCUUAUUGUACCUCGAUGCCUACUAGUAUUCUAAAACGAGCUGAUAGUUGGAAUUGGUUCAAUGCUUCAUAUCCAUUGUAUGCCGUUUGGGUAUCCGGUUUUCGAAAACCAGAAUGUGUCGGAAAUGCGAGCUGUCAAGGAUUAAGUGCCUUCUCAUUCGCCGACCCAACUCUAUCUACCAAUCCGACGGGCUUUCUAUUCAACCCUGGAAAGCCAGAUGGAACCGGUGCUGACUGUCUUGCAUUCCGAGUUAAUAGUGACAGAACAUGUGGAAUUGAUAAUAUCCAGUGCAAUCAGGACAGAACAUCAGAUAAUUCAACAUGCAUUACUGGAGAAGUAUGCGGGCUCCCACCAUCUUGA